UGGCUGCUUCUGUAAGCCCUAUCCUUUGACCAAAGCACUACGUUUUGAAACAGACAAUAGUUUUUGUAGGCCUUCAUAUUUCAACCUCGCCAUUGUGCUUUCCAUUCCACGCUGCAACCUGUAGGAAGGCAUGCAGUGCGCGAGUUCUCUUGUCUUGGAAACGUGCAGGGGAGCCAAAGGUCGAGAAUUUCGCUCGCUUUAUUAUUACGAUUUUAUAGCGAUGCAAGGAAAGCACCUGUUAAUGUGCUUUGUGCUGGUAGUGGACGCCGCCACAAGAAAUACGCAUUACUUUUCAUGUCAAGGACGGGAAAGGCAGUGCCCGAGUGACCGGAGACCGAACUGCCUCCUAAAAAAUGGGCAACCGUACUUCCAAUGUUCCUUGAAGAAUAGAACGUGUGAAGAUGCGUGGUAUAGAGCAUGCGCAGAAUUUACUGUCUUCAUUUGCUGCGAUCGGCGAACAUACUGUGACUGCCGCUGUGGUACAUCUAGGAAAUGUAUACAUUGACAAAGAGGACUGGGGGCUGCUCCAGUGUCAUGGCCGGGACUCCCUGUUCUGCAGAGAACUGGCAAAACUGGUGCGAGGACUGCUGGAACACAGGAUAGGAGCGUCACAGGAGCUCUUUGUUAGCACUUCCUCAACGACCACAAUGCCGUUGAGAAGCUGGCAUUGAGCUUCCAUAAUUUGGAAGCUGUGGACACUACAAUUGACAUUGUUUCAAGCUUGUGUAAUGUUUGUAACAAUACAUGCAUUACACUGAAAUCUUUAAUUUUUCAGAUGCAUUUGAUGCAUAUCUUUCAAGAUGUAGCACCCCUGAGGAGAAGAAGAAAUCGCGGUGCUCAAAAUGAGCCGUAGCCUUGCAGGCAUGUGGAGCACCAU